CUGACAUCCUCAGACUACAGACUGUUGCAGUAGGACGCAGCGUGCCAAGUGGGCAGGUAACGGUUAACUUCUGCACAAGUGAGAAAAAUAUGCUCAACUAAACAGAGUUGGAGUGAGCAAGCUGGAUUUCCUGAGCACAUUCAACUUGCGUUAUUUGGAUUAUUUGUUGGCAGCAGGGGAAGACAUAAAAAAAAUGUAGGAGCUGUGCGUAAAAAUCCACACGAUUCCACUAAGGGCUUGAUCUUCGGAGGGAGGAUUGUACCAGAGUGCGACUUGAGGAGCAGCUUAUUCAUGCAAAUUCAUAAAAUCAUAGGCGUGCCUUUGGGCGAUGGAGUCACAGCCGGAAAAGCAAACCCCCUCCUGGAUCAUCAGCGACCUUCAAAGACUGUGAUGCGCAGCGCUCGGACGCAUUGACGGCGGCACUGGAGCAAAUGUUUCAAAAGCGCAGAGAAACAGAGGAGAAAGUUGUCGCCUGAUUUUUGCACGCUUCGGUUGACUGGAUGCAUUUCCUUCUCAACGCAAACAACAUCUAGACUGCUGCGCCCCUGGAUCUCCAGACUUAUUGCGUUACACUUUAACGCGCUGCCGAAAUUACUCUAGUCUGCCUUGGGUCUUUUCUUUUUUUAACUUAGUAUUUUAAUGUUUCUGACAAUUUGGACGAGUUCAAAUACUAACAAUCCUGACUUGGAUGAGGUUAUAGACACUCUAAACUACAUAAUCUGUGCGUAAAGAUUUAUUCUUUUCUCUUUUAGAUCUUUUUUUUAAAUAUAUUUUUUCAUUUAAAUCAUUGAGGAUCUUUCAAAAUGUCAGAGGACGACAGCAGUUCCACCACCAGUUGUGUGUCUGACACAAAAAGCAGCAACAUUAGCGUCCUCAGCUGGGAGCAAGUGCAGCGGCUGGACGCCAUCCUGACGGAGACCAUCCCGAUCCACGGCCGCGGAAACUUCCCCACUUUGGAGAUGCAGCCGCGUCAGAUCGUUAAAGUGGUGCGCAGUCGGAUGGAGGAGAAACAGAUUCACGUUCGGGACGUUCGGUUAAACGGCUCCGCAGCCAGCCAUAUUCUGCACGAGGACAGUGGACUGGGCUUUAAGGACCUUGACCUCAUAUUUUGCGCGGACAUGAAAGGUGAAAGUGAUUUCCAGACUGUGAAGGACAUAGUUUUGGACUGUCUCCUGGAUUUUUUACCCGACUGUGUGAAUAAAGAGAAAAUAACCCCGUUAACGUUAAAGGAGGCGUAUGUGCAGAAGAUGGUAAAGGUGUGUAAUGACUCAGACCGCUGGAGCCUCAUCUCCCUCUCCAACAACCGGGGUAAGAAUGUGGAGCUGAAGUUUGUGGACUCUCUCCGGCGGCAGUUCGAGUUCAGUGUGGAUUCCUUUCAGAUCAGACUGGAUUCCCUGCUGCUGUUCUACGAGUGCUCAGAGAACCCAAUGGCUGAGACGUUCCACCCCACCAUCAUGGGUGAGAGUGUAUAUGGGGACUUCAGCGAGGCCCUGGACCACCUACGUCACAAGGUCAUCUGCACCCGGAAUCCAGAGGAGAUCAGAGGAGGGGGGCUGCUUAAGUACUGUCACCUGCUGGUGAGGGGGUUCAGGGCUGCCUCUGAGUCUGAAAUGAAGUCUCUGCAGCGCUACAUGUGCUCACGCUUCUUCAUUGACUUCUCUGACAUUGUUGAGCAGCAGCGCAAGUUGGAAUCCUACCUGCAGAACCACUUUGUGGGCCUAGAGGACCGCAAGUACGACUACCUGAUGACCCUCCACGGAGUGGUCAACGAGAGUACGGUGUGCCUGAUGGGACAUGAGAGGCGGCAGACCUUGGGGCUCAUAGCCAUGCUGGCAGUGCGAGUCCUUGCUGAACAGAACAUCAUCCCCAACGUGGCUAAUGUUACAUGUUACUACCAACCUGCUCCUUAUGUGGCAGAUGGAAACUUCAGUAACUACUACAUAGCACAGGUACAGCCAAUGUUUGCCUGCCAGCAGCCUGCAUACUCCACCUGGCUGCCCUGUAACUGAGUCAGCCCCGAGCAGAGGCGGAGGAGGGAGUCUGAUUUGUUUAAACAGGAGUGAGCGGCACAGUUGCCGCCUCAAACCUGCUCAGAGUUUGACAGCUGAUGCAAAGCUUGUGUUUUUGUUCAUAUGUUUAAUAUGAACACUUGGUUUUCAUUUCAAGUAUUUCAAUGUGAACAUCUCACAUUUGUUGAAAUGCAAACAUCUCCUGAUCCUGUCCAGGCCAGCCAGCUGUGGUUAAAGACUCAUUUGUGCAGCUUGGAAACAAAGUCUAAAUGCAAAUGUGCAGCAGCUUGAAUGCAAGCGGCUGAUCUGUCAUCAAACCUGCACCAGACUGAUUGAAUCUGUCAAGUUGUGAGGCAGCACAUUCCAACUGCAGACCAAGCAGCUGCAUCAGUUGAAGUUGACAGCUACACCACACACACACACACACACACACACACACACACACACACACACACACACAUACACUCACUAGUUGAAAUCGAAGGUGUGUGCAGGGCUCCAAACUGGACACCCUAAACUUUGCUUUAUGUCAGCUGAACUGAGGCGAGACGCUGUUAAACUGGUUUGGAUAGCAAACUGGCAUCUCUGCCUUGCAUUUGGAUAAAAUUCUGGUUGUUUACACACCAAAGAUUUUCUUUUGAUUGUUUCUAACAUAAACACCCCGUUUUGAUUAAGGGGAUAAACAAAAUAUGAAGCUAUGUCUAUUUGUAUAUGUGAAAUAUUUGUGUUUUAAGUGCCUAUUGCCUCUCAGUGGGCAGAGAAAAGAAUGAGCAGGCCAUAUGAUUUUUUGUGAAUUAGCUCCACUCUGUUUAUUCUCAUGACAACAGCACCCCAGAGGCACGUGAAUGUAUAUGUGAAAUCAUGCACAUGUCAGUGUUUGUGUACACUUGAAUGGGAAAAAAAAGCAUCAAUGCAUCACUUUGGGUUUUGCAGUAAAGUUGCAUUCAAAUUUUUUCUGUUUCACAUUUUUUUUGUGAAAAAAUCCCAAAUUAUUUUGUGAAAAACCACACAUCACAAAAACUGUAUUAUAUUGAAUUCAUGCUUAUGUCGCAAAUUUGCUGUAAGAAAGACAGAUAAGCAUUUUCAAAUCAUUCACAACUACGAAAACUGUCACUCACACUGUUUCCUGUAUAUUUUUUUAAGUGGUGCUUCUCUAUUUCUCAACUGCAAGUUCACAAGAACUGUAUAAGAGACAGUGUGAGGAAAGAGCAUGACAGAGGUGGUGUGUGUUUCUUCAUACGGUGAGAGGAUUUUUACAGAGACACCUCAUAUGAUGAGACACUUAUUUGCUGUAGCACCCUGGCAGGGAAUUCCUCAGCUGCUGCUGAAGAGCUUGAACUGAGCUGGGGUUGGGUGUGCAGACGCUCUGUUCAAGGCUCAGAACUAUUGUGCCAAACAUUACGGUGGUCCCUCUGGAAGCGUUAAAGUUCAAUAAUGCAAUUUGAUGAAGAAGAAAAAAAGUUGCAGAGCUGAUACAGAGGACUAGAAAUAGACAAUAGGGGAAGAAAAAAAGGAGAAUAGAAAGCAUAAAUGUAGUGGUGUAAAAGGCAGAAGGGGAGAGUGAGUCAGUCUGGAGAGAUGGGUGCAGCUGGUGAUGGGGUUUAUCUCUCUGGGGCCACCAUGCUUUGCUGUACAUGCUUUGUCUCUGUUAAGGUCAAAUUCUAACUUCAUGGACAGUGCUGCAGCUCUCCUCUUCUCUCAGGGGGACCAAAACAUUCUGUUAUUCACAUUAACUCUGUGUUUUAAUCAUCCGGGAAUAAGAGAAAUGCAUUCACACCAGCGUCAGGAGAGUUGCAACUAAGGUUUUUAAUUUGUCUCUAAUUGAUGCUUGUUAAUGCUUUAUUUCACAUCAUUUAAAUAUCAGUGUAUAUAUAUGAUUACAUGCUUCAGCUUUGCCAACUAACUUUCUUUUUGCAGAUUUUAGUGCAGCCUUCUCUCAGUAGAGGAUGAAAAAAAAAGGACAAUAUGAUUUAAAGCAUAACAGGAAGGCUAAGCCGGGAAAACCAGCAUCAACUUAACCCUGCUUGAAAAUGGGAUUUCUCUUGCUGAAACAAUAACUUGUCUUUCUCACUCUCUCACAUCAGUCUAAUCAACCAUCACUGCUCUGUUCAGUUGUUUUCUUCUCAGUGUCAGUCCAUGUCAAUGGUAUCCUUUGGAUUGUGCAGGAAACGUGUUGUUAUUUUAUACUCAGUGACGUCCUAACAGCUGACUAGCUAGCUAGCUGCAGUCUGCCUGUCGGUUAGUGAUUGUGCCUAUCAGUUAGAGAUUGUGGGUUACUGCAAUGUUGCGUAUGCAUUGUCUCAAAUAUCUGUUUCUGUUCAUGCAGUCUUUUACAAAUCACACUUUGAAAAAGGAAGAAAAAGAUCUUGUCUUGUAUGUAUAUUUUUUAUGAUUGUUAUUUUUAUAAAUGUAUCACACACUGCAGGUGUUGCAGUGCUUUUGAAUCUGUGAUCGGGCUUCAGAGGAUAUGUUCUCAAUAGCUUUUUUGCUAUAUAAUGUUAUGUGUCCAAUGGGUCAAAAGGUUAAAGAUGUUUUCAUCAAUAAAAUACCUGAAAAUCA